CUUCGGACUGAAGAGAGGUACAGUUGCUCUCUCAUUUCUGCUGCCAUUUUCAAGUUAAGAAAUGUUUUUUGGACUAAAUCUGACUACUUCGGUUUAUUUCUGGUAGAUAAGGAACGCAACUAUUGGAAAAAUGGCAAAAACAAAUCACUUUGUCACAUAUCGUGGUGAGUUGUGAGGUACAGAGUUGCUUAGUACAGGUCCCCGAUUCUGUUAAUAAAGGGACUGAACGGCAGGUAGAAAGUUGUUUCUAUUUAUAUUAAAAUUCACUUUAAUAAAUUGCUUGUACUAAAACUACUUCGUUGAUUUAGUUAUUAAUUGCGACUGAACCUUUGUAAACAUAAAGAAUACAAAUCGUCGCGUACUUAUACCUUAUCGUGCGUGAGUUUACAAUUUGAAACAAAUGCAACCCUGGUUUUCAUUAGCAGCUCAUUUGAACGCCUCGUGUUCGUCAUCGUAGUAUCAAAUUGGGAUUUUAUAUCACAAAAAAAGGAAGCACAAUUGAAAACAGAUUGGAAAAAUAGUGAAUUGAAUUUAAAAUAUUGAAGAAGAUACAAUCAAAAACGUGCAUAUUGUGUUCAUAGAGUUAUAAUUAUAUUUAGACAUUUGAGGCAAACACGCAAAGUUCUACCCAGCGAUUGACUAUUAUCGAAAGGACCAUAGACAUCAUUUCAGUGCGAUACCUUUGGUAGAUUCUGUGGAAUUAUUGAACAAGUUUUUUACGUGUUUCUGCGGCAGCAAUUUAUUGAUAACCCUGACUCAUUACUUGCUCGUUUCUGAAACCAAGGGGCUUAGUGAUUUAUUGAGCCAUCAUCACACGUUCGUAUAAUUCCCUAGUGCUUUGGGAGUCGUCAAAUAUAAGUAUUAGAGCAGCAUUAUCAUUGCUGCAGUUAAAAUUAUUCAAGAUUAUUCACAAUGGCCGACGUAACUGACGCCACUGAUGUUUUCGACUUGGAACUACAUGAGGAGGAAAACCCACGCGAUUCAGAUGAUGACAGGAUCGAGUUGGACGAUGUCGAUUUGGAACCGGAAUUAAGCAUAAACAAUAUUCAAGAAGAAGUUGAAGGACAGGAGACAAUACAGUUAUCGGAGGAAACUGUGAAUCCUGGUAAAAUAAAAUUGGGACCCAAAGACUUCGAGUUAAAGAAGGUACUUGGAAAGGGCGGUUAUGGCAAAGUAUUUCAGGUACGAAAAACUGCUGGGCGCGAUGCAAAUAAAUAUUUUGCCAUGAAAGUCCUCAAGAAAGCCUCUAUAGUCACAAACCAAAAAGAUACAGCGCAUACAAGAGCCGAACGCAAUAUAUUGGAGGCAGUAAAGCAUCCAUUUAUUGUAGAACUUGUAUAUGCUUUUCAAACGGAUGGAAAACUAUAUUUAAUAUUGGAAUAUUUAAGUGGCGGUGAAUUAUUUAUGCAUUUAGAACGUGAGGGCAUAUUUUUGGAGGAUACAACAUGUUUUUAUUUGAGCGAAAUCAUAUUGGCCUUGGGUCAUUUACACAAAUUGGGCAUAAUAUAUCGUGAUUUAAAGCCAGAAAAUAUUCUAUUAGACGCACAAGGGCAUGUUAAACUAACUGAUUUCGGUCUGUGCAAAGAGCACAUUCAAGAGGGCAUUGUCACACACACAUUUUGCGGUACAAUUGAGUACAUGGCACCUGAAAUUUUAACUCGCAAUGGACAUGGUAAAGCCGUUGAUUGGUGGUCAUUGGGCGCUCUUAUGUUUGACAUGUUAACGGGCAUGCCACCGUUUACCGCCGAAAAUCGUAAGAAAACAAUUGAGACGAUCUUGAAAGCUAAACUAGUACUACCUGCCUACCUCACACCCGAAGCUAGAGAUUUAGUACGUCGUCUGAUGAAACGUCAAGUGCCACAAAGACUGGGAAGCGGCCAAGAAGAUGCAGCUGCUGUACAGUCACACCCAUUCUUUAAACAUGUAAAUUGGGAUGAUGUAUUGGCGCGAAGACUGGAGCCACCAAUCAAACCCAUAUUGCGAAGUGAAGAUGACGUUUCACAAUUCGACACAAGGUUUACAAGACAAAUACCAGUUGAUUCCCCAGAUGAAACAACGCUCAGUGAGAGUGCCAAUUUAAUAUUUCAAUCGCUACUCCCUCGGCGAGUGGCAACAUACAACCUAUAAAAAUAUUGAGGAUAAUGCCAAG